AUGGCCGACGAACAGACCAAGCCGCCCUACAACAGGAAAUCUAUCAUCUCAUUAGAUAGAGACGGCAAGGCGCUUGAUUGGCCCAGCUUAAUUGAAAAAGACGGCGAUGCUCUCGAAAACCAUUACCGGCACAUCCUCACUGAGCUUGCCAGAACUGAUGGGAUGCUGGGUGUGAUCUUUCGCAAAUCUCAGAACAAAAUUCAGGACCCGGCCAAGCUCAAGCGCAUCAUCUAUCUCAUUGAUGGGGAAACCUGGAUGGGAAUGGAUAUUGAUGUCAAAGGCGAAAUUUAUGAAGGACUCUUACAGAAAAACGCCGAAGAUGUCAAAGGCGGCGCAGGCCAAUAUUUCACCCCACGUCCCCUCAUCAAGGCGAUGGUUGAGGUGAUGCGACCAAAACCCGAUAUGACGAUCUGUGAUCCAGCCUGUGGCACAGGCGGUUUCUUUCUCGCCGCGCACAAAUAUCUAUCAGAGAAAUACAGGCUGGAUCGAAAGCAAAAGGAUUUCUCCGCUUCGACACGUUCACAGGCACAGACAUUGUAG